GUAGCGUACAAAAUUUUCAAGUGCAACAAAAAGCGAAAAAAAAUCUCCUCGUCUAAUUGUCGCGACACUUUGGUAUCCAAAAUUCGUUGUUGAGAAUACGUGGUUAAAUCGCCGAUCCAGCCCGAUUUAGGAGGAUGUCCUAUCAAAUAAAGCGUACGCCAUAUUUCCGGCGCAUGUUCAACAACAGCCGUCGAAACGGGCAACUGCAGCGACUGCGCGAAGAAUACGAACGGAUACAGGAGUUCAACGAUCGGACCAUCGAGCUGAAGAUGCGGCAGGUGCGACUGAAGCGUCUGUUCCGUGAAAUUGAAGAUAUUAACGAGUCGCCGAGCACAUCGAAUGGCCAGCGCCGUCAUACAACGCUGGUGCAUUUGACGCCGGAGGCGAUGCAGGCCCAGCAGCGGCGGGAACGGCUCGAGGCGCUGGAGCGUGCCCGAGAGCUGGGCCAGGAGAUAUCCCGACGCAAUGCCCAAAUGGCCGAAAGCGGUGCCGGCUUCUAUUUGCGCAGCGAACUCCGGCUAACCGCCAAAAUGCGUGCCGUAGACGAUGCCCGACGCGAGGCCCAGGAGCGACGCCAACGCGCCGCCCGUCGCAUCAGCUACGGUAAUGCCCAAUCGCGCUCCAACAUUGAGCGCAUCGUGCAGCGACGCCAGCGGCGUCUGGUUACCGGUGAUUCGCACCCGACAUCAAUAAUGCACGACACCAGCCAUCAGGCGGCCCAGCUGCCGCAGAGCACAUCCAGCCAGAAUCAAUUGCAUCCGGAUCUCAUGAAGCGGGCCAUGCUCCAGCAGCGUCUGCAAUACGGCAACUCGCGCUCCAGCAACAAUAUGAUGCGCAGCCAGUUGGCGGCCGCGCAUCGUGUGAUGAAUUGUUUAUCGGCAACCGAUACGCUGACCGACGAAACGGAUCAGCUGCAGGAGCAGCAGCAGCAGCAGCAGCAGCAGCAGCAGCAGCAGCAGCGGCAGCAGCUGCAGAUGCAGCUGGAUCAUAGAGAGCAGCCGUUGACAGUUGCCCAUUUCUCGCCAAGCUCCACCAGCAGCAACCAUCACAGCAGCAGCAACAACAACAUUAACAGCAACAACAACAACAACAACAGCAGCAACAAUAACAAUAGCAACAACAACAACAACAACAAUAACAAUAACAAUAACAAUAACAAUAACAAUAACAACAAAAGCAACAUCAUCAUCAUCGAUUCGGAGACGGAGAUGCAGACGGCAAUGCUGCCGCCAACGGAGCCGGAUAUGAUGCGCGACGACGAUGUGCCCACAACGAGCCAGAAUGCGCUCAGAUUCGCCGAUGCAACAACGGCAAUGGCGGCCGACAUGACGGCCGCCAGCGAGCCGCCAUUGGCAGCGGCGCGCUCGAACCUAAUGCUGCACGAAUCGAAGUCGGAUCGCGCCUCCCAGCACUGGCAUCGCAUUCAGCUAACGCUGCCCUGGAUUAAGGUUAUGCACGAUCGACCGAUGGCUGCGUCCAGUCGAUUGCCAGCCGCCCAGAUGGCCAUUGGCGGCGAUGAAUUGGGCAAUUGCAACAGCAACAGCAACAACAACAACAUUGACAACAGAAACAACAAUAAUUAUAAUAUGAAUAACAAUAACAGUUACUACAACCACAACAUCAACAACAACAACAACAACAACAACAGCUCACCAACGGGAACGGGAGCCACAGAUAACUACCAAAGUAUCAGGGGACCAUCGUUAAUGCAAGAGGACUUGAUGCAGAUCAUGGAGCUGGACGAUGAGGGACAGUUGCCCACAAUGCAUGCGCAUUGCAUGCAUCAGGCAUUUGGUCAAUAGGUCGAACGCCCAAGCGUCUGUCCCACAAAAACAGGCCCAUAUACCAUCAGCAAGCUCCGAUAGCUUCGUGGAUUGUCAGAGCAUUUCAUAAGACGGAACCGGAUGGAUCUGAUUCCUAUAUCAUAUCUGCCAAUUGGGUUUAUUGGGCGAUAAACAAGUUUUUGCACACACAGUUCCAGCUCUAGAUAAUAACAAGAUGUUUUAUUGGGCCCGCGUAUGCAAUGGUUAUAUAUAUGUAUAUGUAUAUAUUUUUAAAUGUCAAGCCAGCCAACUGGAGAAAGGUAAUACGCGAAAUGCGUAUUGUAAAACGCCCUACACCCUACAAAAAAAACACAUCUACGAACAAUCGACGACUAAAUGCAGAAAUUUGUAUGCAACAAAAUA